ACAAAAUAUAACCCAAUUGGCGGUUACAUGGGCUGAAGUAACAAUUUUUGAGCUUCAGAUUUGGCAAUGCGACGCCCUCUACCGUUUCGCCGCUGGUGUAACCCCCAGCUCCUUACCAGGGCAGCAUCGACCAAAGCUACAAAACCCCCAAUUGUUCGGAUCAAGGAUGCAACAUUCUACCGCCAAUAUCCUCAGCCCGGCUCUUCUCCAGAGGAAGAGAAGAAGAACCCACCUCUUUUCCCCGAAUUAAGCUUCUCGAUACCCUCAUUCUCGUCCGAACCGCAGCAUUGGUCCAUUAUCGGCCCUUCGUCCUCUGGAAAGACUACGUUUCUUGAGAUCUUGCGCGGACAACACCUCUCCUUUCCGCCUACUGCUCGCUCAUACCCGUACCUCGCGAGCGAUGAAAUCGCUUCCAAAGACCUGCGACUCCGCUUCCCUGGCCGUGCUUUACAGCAUGUCGGAUUUGCUGGAGAGAGCGGAGGUCUUGCCGGAACGGGCACUCGAGGCGCAUACCUGAGCGCGCGGUACGAGAGUCGGCGCGAGGAGACGGACUUUUCCCUCUUGGACUUCCUCAAGGGCCACACGGAGUUGAACCCUUCAGAGGAUGGCAAAGAGACUGCAGAGGAAUCUGCGUUUCUUCAGAAUGUCAUUCGCGACCUACGGCUUGAGAGUCUGGUUGAUAUGCCCGUGGCCAAUCUGAGCAACGGGCAAAUGAGAAGAGCAAGGAUUGCGAGAGCGUUAUUAGGAAAGCCAGAAGUCCUUUUACUCGAUGAGCCUCUUAUGGGCCUUGAUCCUCCUACGCUCACCACCCUCUCUCCUCUUCUGCACCGCCUAGCAGAGGAUCAUAACCCUCGACUCGUCCUCGCACUUCGCCCGCAGGAUCCCAUUCCAGACUGGAUCACACAUCUCUGCUACCUCGGCCCAGACUGCACCAUUGAACACCAAGGGCCCAAGGAAACUGUGCUUUCCAAACUAAAGAGCGCCGCUACCAGCGGCAAGACCAAAACGCACAUUCUCACCCUAAGUGAAGUCGGCCGAACGCUCACAUCCACUGGCAUCAUUGAGCCUGGAAGCUCCGCAACAUCAGCACCGUCAGCAGGCACAGGUGAUAUGAACUGUACCACAGGCGCACCAUCGUUCGCCUCACGCGGCGAAGCGCUUAUUGAAAUGGAAGGCGUCAAAGUCAGCUACGGCGACAAACAAAUCCUCGGAACCUGGGAGCAAGACGUCAAUGGCGAGAAGAAGAAAGGGCUCUGGUGGACUAUUCGUCGCGGCGAGCGAUGGGGCAUUUUUGGCCCUAAUGGCUCCGGCAAAACCACGAUCCUUUCACUCAUAUCAUCCGACCACCCCCAGACAUACUCCCUCCCCAUUCGCCUCUUCGGCCGCUCUCGUCUCCCUCAGCCCGGCAAGCCAGGCAUCAGCAUCUUCGACAUCCAAUCCCGCAUGGGCCAAUCCUCGCCCGAGAUUCACGCAUUUUUCCCCAAAUCCCUAACUGUCAGACAGACCCUCGAAAACGCAUGGUCCGACACUUUUCUAUCAAAGCCACAACUCAAUCACGAGCGCGAUCUCGACGUCGAUGCUGCCCUGCGCUGGUUUGCGUCCGAACUUAAUCCCUCUUUAUCACCCUCCUCCUCUUCCUCUUCCUCUUAUUCCUCUUCUUCGCCGUCUACCAAAUCCCGAGCUAGAGCCGGCGCCCCAACUACUCGCGCCCGUAAAUCCGCUACUUCCGCUUCCCCAGCACAAUACUACGGAGAAGACGACGAUCUCGACUGGGCAGACAGUCUCUUAUUCGGCCAAAUCCCCUUCUCCGCCCAGCGCGUCGCCCUCUUCCUCCGCGCCGUGAUUAAGCAUCCCGACCUCGUCAUUCUCGACGAAGCGUUCAGCGGCAUGGACGACUACGUGCGUGACAAGUGCUUGUUGUUUUUGGAACAUGGCCAGACUAUGACUUUUGAUUCUUCCUCCUCCUCCUCCUCCUCCUCCUCGUCCUCGAGAACCACCGCCAGCACAAUAUACCCCACCCGCUCCAUCGUCCCUACGUCUCUCCCCAAGUCCCAAAUCCGCCUCAAAGGCCUGCGUCCCGACCAAGCCCUCGUCUGCAUUUCCCAUGUCCGCGAAGAAAUUCCCUCGGUGGUGCGCGAGUGGAUGUGCCUGCCUGAGCCGAAUGAAGGCAAAUCGCUGCGUCUCGGACGCCUCACCGGUCCGUUGGGCAGAGACGUUCAGCGCUGGACGCAAAUAUGGGGAAUGUAGGAUUCGUCCGGAGUUUCUCUGCCUCUCCCUCUCUCUCCCUCUCUCUUUGAUGACCUUUGUUCUACGGGUACCCAUUGUUUAAUUAGAUGAGGAUGUAUAAAAGGAUAGUAUUAAAUAUCUGUGUCACAUGUCAUAGAAGCAAUAGUUUAAGUAUUUGCAUAUUGGGUAGUAGUUAUUAGUGAGCCUUUCUACGCAAAAUUGCGGAUUUUUAUCCAAAAGUAUCAAGGAAAAAUUCAAAAGCAUUUAUUGGGCCACGAACAGGGAAUAGAUAAAAUUUCAGACAAUGAUGCAUUGCUACAAGAUGUCAAAAGUAGUAUAAUGUACGUACAGCCGAAGAUUGAAAAAUGAGAAAAGGGAAAAGACAAAAUAAGAAUUAGAAAGCAAGAAAUGGAGCAGGGGAAAAAAAAGAAUUGGGGAAUUUCU